CCGUGCCAGCCGAGGCGUGCGGGCUGUUUUGGGUGUCACGAUGGGAUGUACAUUGAGCGCAGAGGAGAGAGCCGCCUUGGAGAGGAGCAAAGCGAUUGAGAAAAACCUCAAAGAGGAUGGCAUCAGCGCCGCCAAAGACGUGAAAUUACUCUUGCUGGGGGCUGGAGAAUCAGGCAAAAGCACCAUUGUGAAGCAAAUGAAGAUUAUUCAUGAAGAUGGUUUCUCGGGAGAAGAUGUGAAGCAGUAUAAGCCUGUGGUCUAUAGCAACACUAUCCAAUCCCUGGCAGCUAUUGUCCGUGCCAUGGACACCUUGGGCAUUGAAUAUGGUGACAAGGAACGAAGGGCUGAUGCCAAGAUGGUGUGUGAUGUAGUAAGUCGAAUGGAAGACACGGAGCCCUUCUCUCCGGAGCUGCUCUCCGCCAUGAUGAGACUCUGGGCAGACUCUGGAAUACAGGAAUGUUUCAACCGUUCCCGAGAAUAUCAGCUUAACGACUCUGCCAAAUACUACCUAGACAGCUUAGAUCGAAUCGGAGCCGGGGACUACCAGCCCACAGAGCAAGACAUCCUCCGAACCAGGGUCAAAACCACCGGCAUUGUAGAAACCCACUUCACAUUCAAAAACCUCCAUUUCAGGCUGUUUGAUGUUGGGGGGCAGAGAUCUGAACGCAAGAAGUGGAUUCACUGCUUCGAGGAUGUCACAGCAAUCAUCUUCUGUGUCGCGCUGAGCGGUUAUGACCAGGUGCUCCAUGAAGACGAAACCACGAAUCGCAUGCAUGAGUCCCUCAAGCUAUUCGACAGCAUCUGCAACAACAAGUGGUUCACGGACACCUCCAUCAUCCUCUUCCUGAACAAGAAGGACAUCUUUGAAGAGAAAAUCAAGACAUCGCCACUGACCAUCUGCUUUCCUGAAUACACAGGCCCCAACUCCUUCACUGAAGCUGUGACCUACAUCCAGUCCCAGUAUGAGAAUAAGAACAAGUCAACCAACAAGGAGAUCUAUACACAUAUCACUUGUGCCACUGACACCAAUAACAUCCAGUUUGUUUUUGAUGCUGUGACAGAUGUCAUCAUUGCCAACAACCUUCGUGGCUGUGGACUCUACUGAGCCCUUAGGCCCCCAACCUAUCCCUGAGACCUCCCCAGCCCUGUUCAGCCUCCCUGGUCCCCUUUUCCUUUCCCUCCUUGGAACAAGAGUGUCUAUACCAUUCACAUUACUCUUCCUCACAAAGAAGGAAAAAUAGAGGGGGUGGGGUGAGGGAAUGGAAGGAGAAAACUUCCUAUCCCAUCCCUGUUACCCCUCUCAAGGCACAUCAUGUCCAAAUUCUUCUCCAAGCCUUUGUUUUUCAGACGUAGGAAUGGCAGCCAGGAUUUGUGGUAACUGGUGGCAGGGCGAGGGUGCCCGAACAGUGUGGGACAGGGAGGGAUUCAGAAGAGGACAAGCAAUGAAUCCAUUCAUCUGCCUCCCAGGCUCACUUUUCUUAGUUUAAUCUAUUGAAAUGUGUAUGGUAAAGGUGGUCUCUUUGGGGCUUCAAAUUGGAAGGUUACAGGUUUCUUGACUACUGUUCUUGCUUUCUGGGUCUUCUUCAGUUUGCUGCAAGUUUUCCAAACUCCUAAGACAGGGUGUAGGCCUAAGCAAGCAUCUCUUUGGUGGGGGUUUCUUCCUAGCUGCACCAGUGGUGGUCCCUGUGUUUGAAACAAGAAAGGGUCAGGACCCAUCAGGGAUACAGACCAAAAGCAGAAGCAGCCGUUCUGCUCUUUGCUCAUGUCUCUCCCCCAGGGGCAGCAUUGGUGCCAAAGCUCAGGAUGGGCUGACCUUCCUGGAGCCCAUCAAACCAUUAGGCAAAGCGUACAGGGGUUUGGGCCAUGCCUCCCCUCUCUCCCUUCCUCCUCCCCAUCCACCAAGUGCAAGUGGUCUAGAUUCCUCCCCAGGACCUCAGGCUGUUGCCCAUUUGCUCCCCAGGAGAUUGUACCAUCCCUAUACUACUGGUCCCCAUGACCAGUAAUCAAAUGAUUUCUGUUCCCAUCUGCCUUCACCUCUGGGUAGAAUCAUCCACAUUGGCAGCCCCUAAUGAGGAAGGGAAGACAAUGGGGGAGAGGGCAAGACAAAUCUGUGUGAAACGUUGGGGCUCUGCUGACUCUCUUGUACUCCCUUCUGUCCUUCCAUGGUACAAGAUCCUGGAAGGCUUCAUGGAGUCCCAUCUUGAGAGUUCAGUCUAUAGCAGCUCUGUAUGUGGAGGGGCCGUGGAGGAGAGUUGAGAAGUUGCACAGUUGAGGAAAGAGGAAAUCAAGGAAGAGGGCAAGAGAGAGAAAGGAAGGAGUGUCCACUUAGAAAAAGCAAAGGAUCCAGAAGGGAUCCAGAAUAGAAACUCCAAGUCCCCUGGCCAUUUUUCUAGUAGUAUUACUAAAGCCCAGAGAGAGCUGCUUUUCUCUGGGAUUGUUUUUUCCUCUCAUCCUAUUCCUAGGGAAGUUGCUUAUAGGAUCUUGGGGCACUAGGAGAAAAGGGGAGAAAUGAAAUCUUCUUGAAAUAGUGGUUCAUGAAAGUGUUCUGGGCAGCUGUGAGCAGAGGCUUCCAAGAGAUAAGUGCCCUGUACUUCUGUAGGAGCGUAUGGACCUCCCUGUGCUCAAUCGAGAAGCAUGGAGAGAGCAUCACACCCCACCUCCAUCAUCCUAGUGUUGUCAUGGGAAACCAAUGAAUUAACCACCAAUCUUUCCAGGCUUCUGUUGAAUAGGGGAUGGAAAGGGAGGAGGACCGAGGGCAGACGUGGUUCAUAAUCCCUACAGAAUUCUCCCUCCAACUGGAAGGGGAAGAGUAGCUGCCUAAGCUGAGAUGUAAGGCAUUCCUAAGAAGUACCUAGAAAGGACCCACCAGUACCCAACUCUCCUGAAGAAAAGACUUGGUCAGGAUGCCACAGCUUCUUUCACUCAGUCAGGUAGUCAAGAACUAGGACCUAAGGGCUGGGAGACUUGAUCUGUCUUGGAACUUUCUCAUCUUUCUAAUUCUGGAACCUUCUUCUGAUCCUGACACACCUCAGAGAGUGGGUUCAGUGGAAGGCUGGGAGCUCAGUUAGUGAGGAGAACAUUGGCAGUGAAUGUGUCCCUGUAGGUGAUAGGACUGGAGGUCAACUCUUGGCCAUGGAAGCAUCUUCCAUGUUCUGUAGGCCACCUUCUGUGUCACUGAUACAGUGGAGCCCUACAACAGCUAACAACAUUUAACCAGAAUAUCUGGAGAUUGGAGUUUGCCCCUUCUGGGUGGUUACUGCUGGUGGCUAUAUGUUGUAUGCAGUCCAGCUGGGUCACAAUACAAACUUGGACCAUGAAUCCCAAUCUUCUGCUGCUGUAGAAAUAUGCCCAUCGGCAGCUGAGUAGUAAUCGCCCUUUGGGAGAAACAUUUCACUCACAUCCUCUCUUCCAGGGACCAAAAGCCUGGAUUUUGCCCAUUGCAUGAUUUAAGCAUUCCGUUCUGAAGGGGUGCAGCCCCAGAAAAAGCCCCCAGAGAACCAGGAAUAUUCUUCCCUAGUUCCUCUGUGUUUGCUGAGAUGCCCUUUGGCCUCUCCCAUGGCCUUAAUGGUCUGGAAAUAGUAAAAGGAGGAGCUGCCAAGAAGUGGUGACUGUGCGUCUCCGGGUAGCUACCUCAGUGCCAAUGGAGGAGUUAUUUCUCAAUAUUUCUCCUCUGCCCUCUCUCUCCUUCAAGCCCUGUUGUGCUUAUCUGAACCCCUAGGGGCCAUACAGUGAAUAGGCACAAAGCACAAAGAAGAAAGUUAGCAUUGACCGAAUGCCUGAAAUUACUUCCCCUUUUCCCCCUCCCCACCCCCAUAGGCCCCAAUACUUUUGUUACUAGCAAUCAGUGUUGUGUUGCUCAUUUUGUCCAUUGAUAACCUGAGUGACAUUUCUAAAAACCUAUCUAGUGUUAAUGGCUCCUACACAGGGCAAGGCUCUACCAUAGGGCUUUGGGGUCUUCAAGAGAAGGUGGGAGAAGACAAAAUGACAGCCAGUUCACUUAGCAUCUCACCUCCAUGCCACUGUCUGUCUGUGGUCACCAGGUUCAUGAGAGCCCGAGAGAAGCAGUGUGGCCUAGGAGGAAAAGCAGGGAAUCCAAUACAGAGACCUCGCUUCUGCUCUUGGCCAGUCCAAGGCAAGACACGGCCUUGCUGUGCGGCCUUGGGCAAAUCUCUUCCCUCUCUUGGCUUCAGCGUCCUCAUAAGUAAAAUGAGGCAGUUGGACUAAAAGGAGCCCUAAGUCCCCUUUCAGCCUUGACCUUGUAUCAGUUUGGUGUGGUAGAUACAGGGCCAGCCCUGGAGUCAGGAAAACCUGGGUUCAAGUCUCACCUCUGACAUAUACCAGCUGUGUGACCAUAGGCAAGC